UAUUAUUAAUUAAAUGUGAAAUACAUAACUUUAAUUGUUUUUAUGAUUUUAAAAUUUAAGGCAAUGGAACAUCCUGCUAAGUAUUUAGAAGAAGAUAUAAUUUUAAAAGACGGAGAAAAUACUUUACCAGAUUUUUUUUUUAUAUUACAAAGUAUCCGGAUUUUCGGUCAAUUUACUAAACCAAUAUUUUUCAAAUUAUGCCAGCAAACGGAAAUCAUUAGCGUUCGUGCUGGGAUGUAUUUAUUUAAAAUUGGCGAUCUAGAUGAAAAUGUUUUUAUCAUUAAAGAUGGUUUAGUUACUUUAAAUAUCACAUUAGUGGAUGGUAGUACUACUCCACUGAGAUUGGUAAAAGCAGGAGAUAGUAUUAUUUCAUUAUUGAGUUUUGUUGAUGUCCUAACUGGUCAUACAAAACCACUUCAAACUAUAAGUGCGAGAGCUGUUUAUGAUAGUACAAUAAUACGAUUACCUGUAGCUUCGUUUUUAAAAGUUUUAAAAGAAUAUCCAAGUUCUUUAUUUCAAAUUAUUCAAAUCAGCAUGGUUCGUUUACAACGAGUAACAUUUACAGCCCUUUAUCAACAUUUAGGUCUUUCAGUCGAAUCAACUCAAAUUGAUGCAGACGUUUAUGAAGAAAGUUUUGUAAAUCCAACUUCUGGUAACAAUAAUUUUUCUUCUUUUUCCUCACCUUUAUCUCAACUACUUGAGGACAGUCACCCUUAUCCUUUAUACCAAAAUAAGAAAAAUUCAACAAGUGAAUUAUUUCUACUCAAUACUAAUAAAAAUAAUUCAACUACAAAAACUAGUGAAUGGUACCUUAAAAUAGCAAUUGAUAUGUUUGUUAAAAAACUGGAAUUGAUAGAUGACAAAUUUUUAGAAGAAAAAAUUAAAAUUUAUUAUGUUUCUAAAAAUACCCAUCUGAUGCACGAGAAUUUUUACUCGGAAGCUGCAUUGAUAUUGUUAUUAAAUGGGUCUCUUUCUGUCUCUCGAAAAGUCGAUUACGACAGAUUAUCAUCGAUUCAUAUAUUAUCUAUAAAGCCAGGUGAUAUAAUUGGAGGCUUAUCUUUUCUAACAAAAGAAGAAGGAUUCUUAACAUUUAAAACCAUUGAAUCUAGUGUUAUUGCUGUUUUAUCGAAAAAUGAAUUAUACGCAAUAGUGCAAAGUGUUCCGCAAAUUAUUUUACCCAUUGCAAAUACAGUAAUUUCUCAACUUUCACCUUUUAUGCGUCAAGUUGAUUUUGCACUGGAUUGGUUAUUUGUUGAAAGUGGACGUGCUAUUUACAGACAAGGCGAAGAAUUAGAUAGUAUUUAUAUACUUUUGAGUGGAAGAUUGCGAUCAGUAAUAACUCACGAAAAUGGAAAAAAAGAGCUGAUUGCUGAAUAUGGGAAAGGGGAUAUCAUUGGCAUAGUCGAAAUCAGUACACUUAAGUUUCGGAGUACUACAGUAUUAGCUGUUAGAGAUUCAGAACUUACAAAAAUUCCAAAAGGCUUAUUUAAUGCCAUAAAAAUAAGAUUUCCCGGAGUUGGAUCAACAAUUCAUAAUCAUCUCAGUCACGCAAUUUUAGGUACGUGGAAAAAAAACACAGUUAGUAAGACUUUAGAUACUCGGCCAUCUCGGAACAAUUUUUCAAAUAUAGUGAUUUUUCCCUUAUUCGAAGAAGUUCCUAUAAAUAGUUUUACACAUGAACUGUUCAAUUCACUGUGUUUAAUUGGUCCUACUUUAAGAUUAAAUUCAGAAUUCAUAAAAAACACUUUAGGAUCUAAUAUCUUUGAAUAUAGUAAUGAAUAUCGUUUAUCUAAUUGGUUAGCACACCAAGAAGAUCAUUACAAAAUAGUUUUGUACCAAUGUGACAACAUGCUUUCUUCGUGGACCCAACGUUGCAUUCGGCAAGCCGAUUGUAUUUUACUUGUUGUCGUCGGAGACAAACCGCCUAAUAUAGGAAAGUAUGAAAGAGAACUGGAAUACUUAACAUCGCGUAUACAAAAAGAAUUGGUUUUGUUACACAAAGAAGAUGUAAAAUUGACAAAUAAUACUGUAGCUUGGUUAAGUAUACGAAAUUGGAUAUCUUCUCAUCAUCAUAUACGUUGUCCGACUAAUUUCUUUUCUGAACUAUCAACGGCGCAUCUUAAAGAAAUAUAUCAAAAUAAUGAGGUUGAAGUCAAAAUCAACAUACAUUCAGAUUUUUCUCGCCUAGCAAGAUGGCUAACAGGUACAUCUGUUGGAUUAGUUUUAGGAGGUGGUGGUGCGAGAGGCGCUGCUCAUAUGGGAAUGAUAAAAGCAAUUAAAGAAGCUGGGGUUCCAAUUGAUAUGGUUGGAGGAGUUAGUAUAGGUGCAUUUAUGGGAGCCAUACUUUGUAGUGAAAACGAUGUUGAAGAAAUGAUUCGAAAAUCUAGAUUAUGGGCUAAAACCAUGACAUAUUGGUGGAGAUUUUUAAUGGAUUUAACUUAUCCUUUAACAUCAUUAUUCACUGGUCGCUAUUUUAAUUUUACUUUGAUGUCUAUAUUUGGAGAUACACAAAUUGAAGAUUUGUGGUUACCAUAUUUUACAGUUACGGCAGAUAUUACUGCUAGUGAAAUGAGAAUACACACACACGGAUCAUUGUGGCGUUAUGUCCGAUCAUCAAUGUCUCAGUCCUGGUACUUGCCUCCGUUGUGUGAUCCAAUUGAUGGACAUUUAUUACUAGAUGGUGGUUACAUAAAUAAUUUACCUGCUGAUGUUAUGAGAAGCUUAGGAGCAAAAUAUAUUCUUGCGAUAGAUGUAGGAGCUCAAGAUAAUGUAAAUUUUACUAACUAUAAGGAUAGUUUACAAGGUUUUUGGUUAUUAUGGAAAAAAAUUAACCCUUUUUCUAAACCAAUUAAAGUUCCUAGCAUUGCAGAUAUUCAUUCCAGAUUAGCUUAUGUUUCUUGCGUUCGACAACUUGAAGUGGUAAAAAAUAGUGAUUACUGUCAAUAUAUAAGGCCACCUAUUGAUAAAUACACAACACUUCAGUUUGCAAGUUUUGAUGAAAUUAAGGAUGUUGGUUAUCUACAUGGAAAAAAAUAUUUUUUAGACUUGGAAGUCGCUGGAAUUAUUCCAAUUCAGAAACAAUAAAAAUAUAUUAUAUCUUUAAAUCAUAAUGUGAUGUAAAUAUAUUUGUACGUCAUAAUUAUAUCAAAAUAUA